GCAUCCUUUAACUGGCCUGCUCACUCAGUGGUUGUGCACAGUCUUUUGAGGAAGAGGUGAACAUGGACAAACGCUCGUCUACAGUUUGUGUAUUGAUUGUAGCACUUUGUGCAUUGGUGCACUUUGGCACUGUUUUUUCUUUGGUGAGACCUGACAUUUUAAUAGGAGAGUGCCCAUGGCGCCUUAAUCUUACUCUAACACGUAUGGGGUGUGAGGACUGUCCUAGAGACCACACAUGCUGUGUCUAUGAUGGUGAAGAAGUGUGUCUUCCUUCUGUUUCUCCAAAACCAGGAGUGUGUCCUCGCAUGCGGCUGGACGUAGGACCGUGUGUUGAAUCUUGCUCUUAUGACAGCGACUGUCCCAAUAAUGAGAAGUGCUGCUCCAAAGGAUGUGGACAUCAGUGCAUGGCUCCAGUCUCAGUGCUUCCUCCAAAACCAGAAUGUCCACGGCAUCUUAAUUUUGCUCUGUCACGUAAGGGUUGGAAGGACUGCCCUAGAGACCACACAUGCUGUGUCUAUAAUGGUGAAGAAGUCUGUGUUCCCACUGUUUUCACAAAACCAGGAGUGUGUCCUCGCAGGCUUCCCCCUGUAGCCUUUGGACCGUGUGUUGAAGCUUGCUCUUAUGACAGCGACUGUCCCAAUAAUGAGAAAUGCUGCUCCAACAGAUGUGGACAUCAGUGCAUGGCUCCAGUCUCAGUGCUUCCUCCAAAACCAGAAUGUCCAUGGCAUCUUAAUUUUGCUCUGUCGCGUAAGGGUUGUAAGGACUGCCCUAGAGACCACAUAUGCUGUGUCUAUAAUGGUGAAGAAGUCUGUGUUCCUACUGUCUUCACAAAACCAGGAGUGUGUCCUCGCAAGUUUCUUCUGCCUUCUUCUUCAGCCUUUGUACCGUGUGUUGAAUCUUGCUCUUAUGACAGUGACUGUCCGGAUAAUGAGAAGUGCUGCUCUAAUGGAUGUGCUCAUGAAUGCAUGGCACCAUACAUAGUGAAGCCAGGAUUGUGUCCUCGCAGACGCUUGGAUGACAGACGGUGUGCUGAAACUUGCUCUACUGACAAUGACUGCCCCAAUCAUGAGAAGUGCUGCUUCAGUGGAUGUGGUCGUCAGUGCAUGGAGCCCUACCCAGUCUGGCGGGCGGCCACCGUUUGAGGCCCGAUGUGUGCUGAGUACUGCUAUCAUGAUGGUCAGGGUCCAGGACAUCAGAAGUGCUGCAGGACAACCUGUGAUCACACCUGCAGUGAGCUCUGCUGAUUAGAAAGUACCCAGUCAAUCUAUAAUAAACAUCAUUAAACUUACCAUCUCUGCAAAUCAACCCAAAUCACUUUUUUCUUUCUUUAAUGUGAUGAAGA